CCUCCCCGGCUAGCCUGGCCCGCCCUGCCCGGCCCGCCCUGCGAGUCAGUCCGCUGGCUCCCUCCCUCCCCCAGCGCGCUCGGGCCGCCGCAGCGCUCCGCGCCCUCGAGCCGCCGAGCCGGAGCCGCCCGCCGCCCGCGGAGGAGGCGGAGGAGCCGGAGGGGCCCGCCGAGGCGGCGGCGGCGGCAAGAUGGCGGACUUCCUGCCGUCGCGGUCCGUGCUGUCCGUGUGCUUCCCGGGCUGCGUGCUGACGAGCGGCGAGGCCGAGCAGCAGCGCAAGUCCAAGGAGAUCGACAAAUGCCUGUCGCGGGAGAAGACCUACGUGAAGCGGCUCGUGAAGAUCCUGCUGCUGGGCGCGGGCGAGAGCGGCAAGUCCACCUUCCUCAAGCAGAUGCGCAUCAUCCACGGGCAGGACUUCGACCAGCGCGCGCGCGAGGAGUUCCGCCCCACCAUCUACAGCAACGUGAUCAAAGGUAUGAGGGUGCUGGUAGAUGCUCGAGAGAAGCUUCACAUCCCUUGGGGGGAUAACUCAAACCACCUCAAUGGAGACAAGCUGAUGGCAUUUGAUACGCGGACCCCCUUGACGGCCCAGGGAAUCGUGGAAACUCGAGUUUUUUUACAGUAUCUUCCUGCUAUAAGAGCAUUAUGGGCAGACAGUGGUAUACAGAAUGCCUAUGACCGGCGUCGAGAAUUUCAAUUGGGUGAAUCUGUAAAAUAUUUCCUGGAUAACUUGGAUAAACUUGGAGAACCAGAUUACAUUCCAUCACAACAAGACAUUCUGCUAGCCAGAAGACCCACCAAAGGCAUUCACGAGUACGACUUUGAAAUUAAAAAUGUUCCUUUCAAAAUGGUUGAUGUAGGUGGUCAGAGAUCAGAAAGAAAACGUUGGUUUGAAUGCUUCGACAGCGUGACAUCAAUACUUUUCCUUGUUUCCUCAAGUGAGUUUGACCAGGUGCUUAUGGAAGAUCGUCUGACCAAUCGCCUGACAGAGUCUCUGAACAUUUUUGAAACCAUCGUCAAUAACCGGGUUUUCAGCAACGUCUCCAUAAUUCUCUUCUUGAACAAGACAGAUUUGCUUGAGGAGAAAGUGCAAAUUGUGAGCAUCAAAGACUAUUUCUUAGAAUUCGAAGGGGAUCCCCACUGCUUAAGAGACGUCCAAAAAUUCCUGGUGGAGUGUUUCCGGAACAAACGCCGGGACCAGCAGCAGAAGCCCCUGUACCACCACUUCACCACGGCCAUCAACACGGAGAACAUCCGCCUCGUCUUCCGCGACGUGAAGGACACCAUCCUUCACGACAACCUCAAGCAGCUCAUGCUCCAGUGAUGUACAGAAGACUUGCUGUCUUCAUAUCUUUUUGUCUUUUUGAUUGUUUUUGGUUUGUUUUGUUUUUUUAAAUAGAAGUUUACAACAGGAAUUAGAAAAAUCUUGAUUCUGUGUUUAACUUCUUGGAAAUCUUAGUCCUUCUUCUGCGGCCUUCGGUUGUGGCUGAGAGCUGCUGAGUAACACACGGCCAAUAUCUGCUGAGGCUUGGCUUUGAUCUCUUUCACUCCGGCUUCCAUUGGAGUGGAGUCAUUUCCUGCCAGACCUCAGACAAGGCAUCCCUCAGGCUUUAAAUUCUUCCACUUUUCAAACUGAAUUCUCCUGUAGUGCCAAGUAUAGAAGGUGUCCUUAGUAUUUGUAGGUCUGAGGUUAAGAAUGUUUGGUUCUAGAACGAGUGAGAUGCCUUUUGUUCGCCCUGCAGGUAGCAGCCACACUUGCGCCCAGCUUCAUGGUGACGUGUUCUGAAAGGGCCACUGGAAAAAUGUGUGAUCUAAGGAAUGGCGUUCUGUAGCUUCACCCAGAUUUAGCCUUCACGGUUUUCUGAUUGCUUAUAUACACAACAGUUGUUUUGUUUUUUAAAUUUCUGUGGUUUCUGAAGGCAAUAUUCUGGUGUGUUUAAAGUUUACAUGAGGAUCUCUGGUCUGAUGGUAAUGAAAGCUCACAAAUGGUCCAGGGGAGCACAAGGCAGGCGCAUGCCAUCCAUAGUGUUUUGAUUAAAAGUCAUAAGUGAAAUGUAAUUUGCCCUUUUCAUAUUUAAAUAUCAUGUAAUCAAUGUGCCAUACGGGAAACAUUCUGGCCAUAGCAGCAACUAAAAAAGUGCAAGCAACCUGAUAACAGAACUUUCUAAAUGAAUACACCCUUUCCCGAGAAUAUUAUGUGUUUUACUCUCAGACUUUGAAAUCCUGUCUCAGAUGAUGUGUGUCCUUACGGUGGGAUCACUGCUGCACCAUCACAAACAUUGUUCUUUCGCUCUCCUGUCUGUUCCCAUCAACUCCAGACGGUGGCAUUUAUGGGACUUUUUUGUUUUUUUGGAGCUUGCCAAGGGCAGUAUUUUCCUGUCACACUAUUCACUAUUAUAUGAGAUUCUUAUUCAUUCUUGGUGUGUCUCUAAAAGAGUAUGUAUGUGUUUGCAACAUUAUUGUUUAUGAAAUUCCAGCUUUCUUGAGGUACAUUUUGAAGGUUUCAAGGAUACUUCCAAGAAUAAGUAGUAAUUUUUUUAGUUCAUACUGAAAGGUGAUUACAUUUGACCUCCUCCACCACUUACCAAAUUAAAAUGUACCCAUGAAGUAGCUUUGCAAUUACAGAUACAUUCAUAGUGAACUCAUCAGAGUGGCUGGUUUGCAGUACUAAAAAUACUGCCCUGUAGGUCAUACGUAGUGUCAGAAUUGGAUUAGAGAAACAGAUAUACAAGACUGGUGACAGUUUGGAAAGUCUGACGGCUUUUCUUCCUUUCCUGAAAAUUGUGAUUAAGACUGUGAUAUCUUUCACCUUACUGUAUAGCUGACUGUGUUCUCAGGUAUUUUAUUGGCUAGAAAGUCCUUGAAAGAUUGGUCAACAUUCUGGAUCAUCCAGCCUUUCCAAGACAGUGGCUCUGGGUCUGUCUUGCUGUCUAGUAAGAAUAGGGCUUUGCAGUGAACUGACCAGGGAUUGUUCUCAAUGUACCUGACUUUUCUUGCAUUUGAAACUCCACCAUCAUUACACCCAUAACUGCCAGUAUUUUCGUGUCUUGGUAGCACCUGAGCUACUGACAUGUAGCCCUACGUCCUGCUGCAGGCGUCCAUAGUACAGCAGAGUUCAUGCACAUCGGAAUGGUUCUCUAUCUCGUGCUUCUUACCAAAAAGAGUGCAUUGUUUAAUCCACAGAGUUAGAACAUUUCAGGGCUGAGGAGUAUCUCAGUAUGUGCACAGUAACAUGGAGACUUUUGGUGGAAAGUCUGUGUGUAAAUUUAGCAGAUGGUCCUUUUGAAUGGCCGAAACAUCAUUUCACUCCAGUGUACGUACAAAGAGGAAGGAUACUCUCAGUUAAGUUAUAUUUCAGAUCUGAAAUAUAUGAUAUGAACCAUAAAUACUGCCUGACAAAGCACCAUUUUGACUACCACAAAGAAAUGUUAAAACACCAAAUAGAUAGGAUAUUACUUUGGGCAUUUGAGAUUUCCUUUCCUGACGUGUGUGAAGUCUCAAAGUCAGCUUUCUUUUAAAAUAAAACCCAGCCUAUAUUUGAGGCAGUAAAUUACUUAGAUUUAAUGGCAGCCUGGUUUAGACACUCAGUGGAACUUUACAUUUCAAUUUGAAGGCUUUGAAGGAGUCCUAUACCUAUAGCAUGAAAACCAGACCCUUUUGAAAUACCGCUGUGUGCAGAGGGAGAUGAGAUUCAGUGGACAAAGUUGAAAGGGUGCUCAUAGUUUUCCCUGGCCUGUUUCCCCCCAGUCUCUAAAAAUGUAAUUUGGAUCUAAAGCUGUUCAGUGUGUUUGAUUUUCUAAGUCUUCAUGGUUAUGAUUUGGAAUAAAAUGUGCCCAAUUCUCUAUUACGUUCUGUUCUCAAGUCUGAAUGUCUUCUUGCUUAAUUCUUAAGAAAUGUCACACAAGUGUCUUCAUUGAUCUUGAAGAAAUUUAUAGUAUACAGAGUUGCCUUAUAAAUCACAGAACAGCACAGAUUUUUGCCUUGAUUAUUUUAUAGGGAAGAGGUUUUGUCAAAUGUUUUUCUGAAGAUCCAAAUAAUUUAAUGCCUCUGCCACUUAAAUAUAAUUUUUAAUAACCCGUAUCAUUGCUUGCUGCCAAAUAUUACAUUGCAUUGAAAUCUUCUUUUCAACUGUAUUGUCUGGAAAGGGCAUUUGACAGCUAGAGCACAGCAGCAACCAAAGAAGGCAUCGUGGAGUGAAAAUGAUUUGGCUUGGUUUGGUUUGGUUUGGUUUGAAGCUGCACUGGCGUGUAUUUUACAUGGUGAAGGUCCUCUAGUUAAACUCCCAAGGGAGGUUGUUGAGGGAGGUCCUUGUUCAGUUGUUGGCAGUGGUCAGUAUAAAGUAGAAGAAAGUAAGAUUCCCUUAAUACCAGAAGUGAUUAGAAGUGUUGGUUCAGACUCACAAAAAUCAUAUGCCCCAGAAUUGUUUGUAAGCGGGAAGGAGUAAAUCUGAACUUCCAAUGUAGACCCAAAUACUUGUAUUUAUGCUUUUGGUAAAAUGUAUUUUCAGCAUUAGUACACAUAUCCGGUGUUACGCCUUAUUUAUGUGAAGAAUAAAGUUACCAAGUUAUGUUCUGUUAUGUUCUGAAACUCAAAUCACUAUUUGAGAAACCUUCAAAUUGGUGCUUUCAUUAUAUAAUGAUACAUUUAGACAAAACCCCAAACCAAGCCAUUUGAAACAAGAUUCUCUUCAUUGCAAUUUGUAGCAAUGUUAUUUCUGUAUAUGUAAUGAGAAGGCUAAAAUAUCAGUGUUAACUCUUAAUUUCUUGUUUGAAUUCAUGAAAUCAUGCCUGUAAAGCUCAGUCAAACAUUUGUAAUAAACUCCCUAAUAAAUCUAGAGACAGUCACUCUGUUACCUUUUCAUUUCUUUUAGUUUUAAUUGAGGGAUCAAGAACAAAUUUUGCAUGUCUUUUUUCAGUUGGAAAUCUGACUUUAUCUCUCUUUCCCAUCAUUUCAAUACAUAAAGUUACAUUAAUUACAGAUGAUCUGUCCAUGUGUUUGUGCUGCUGGACAGAAAGUACUGUUUUUUUUUUUUUCUUUUUUUUAAGUGAUAGGACCCAGGUUGGCUUUUCAGUGUAGUAAACAUGAGGAAGGGAGGGACUUGUACGUGAGUGGUGUGUACAUGUCCCCCUGUUCCAAAUAAAGCAAAUGAUAGUACAUACCCAUUAUUUUAUGGUACGAGGUUAGGGCUUAAUAAAUUUAUAGAGAGAUUAAAGUACAGGUCUAAACCGGAACAUUUUAAACAAGUUGAACUUUCUGGCCUUUUCAAGUACCAUCCAGUUGAUACUAGCCUUAGGCUGAUAAGUGAUUAUUAACAUAAUUUGAAGUACCAGUGUUUGUACCACUAGCAUUCUUAUGUCUGUACUUGAAUGUAUAGUUAGCAUUUAAAUAACUCUGUUCAUUCUUGUGGCAUCUAGGUCUAACCAUCUGAUUUCUAAUGCCAGAGCUCGUAUGGAACAAAAAAGUGUUAAUGAUAGGGCAGUAAUUUCUGGGUUGAUAAGAGAUUCUGCGACCUUUCCAAAACCACAUUACCUUUGAUAAUGAUGAGAAUGUCCAGAUGGAUGGAAGUAGGGACCCCGUAUGCAUACAUCAUCAAUCAGUGAAGGUCAUGAUAGAAGUGUGCUACUUAGUUGUUCUCUGAUUUGGGUUUGUCUUUGGAAGGCUUGUUUAUAAUAUUUCUUGCCAUAGUAAAAGGGCUGCAUUUGUUCUCAAAUCAUGCCUAUUUGUUGGCUCUAGGAAAAAAACAGAGGGGGCAGGUAGGGGUUAAUUCUUGGAAAGUAUAUGUAACAGUGCAACAGACGAUACCAUUUACCCUUUCUUCACCUCUUACUUGAAAGCAGAAUCUCAACAUGUUUAAUGGCUUUUCUCUACUAGUCUAAAGGUGGAGCUCAUUUACCACGGAAGCCUUAUCAAAAAGUCUAUUUCGUAACAACCUCAUAGAUACUGUACCUAACAAAACAUGAUUUGUAUUAGCUCUGUAUGAAAGUAUUUGUGGCUUAGGAUUUUUUAUACAUAUAUCUUUUUAUAACUUUCCCAGAACUGAGCACAUUAUCUGAUACUGUUGUAAAUUUUUUUUCUGUCAGUGCUUUAGUUCAGGAAUGGCAAUAAAUUAUUUCUACAGGAGGUCUGAAAGUGGAAAGAAUGGUUUGAUUUGAUAAAAUGAGUUGCUAGUCAUCCAGGCUUUUUACUUUUGUACAUAUUUUGCAAAAUUUUUGCCUCUUGCUAUUAAUAUUUGCUUUGUAAAAAUUACUGACGUUUAAUAAACAUUUAUAAACUAUU